GUACUGUAUGCAAUUUGCAUGUAUGCAAUUUGCAUGCAUUCCCUACUACAGGAAAGGCAAUAUUUAGUUAGCAGGAAUUAUCUCUUCUAUUCCACUCCUCCCAUUACGCCCACGUUGACCCACUAGGUGCAAAACGAUAAAAAAUAGUCACCUCACGGAGCAGACAGUAGUUCUACCACUGGUGGUGGAGUGUUCUCUUCCUUGCUAUAUCCAAAUGGACCUUGCUGACGAACAGACUAGAGAAGUUAUUAGACAGGCGUUUCAACGCAACCAAAGGUGCGAAGGAGGAUCAGACGACUACCUAACAGCGACCGAAUUGCAGCAAGCUCUGCUCGAGUUGGGAACAAAAGUGGACGACGAUGACGCACAGAUACUGGUUGAAGAGAACAGUCCACAGACGCGGCGCAUUCCACUGAAGGCAUUUACACUCAUCGCACUAGAAAAAUGUCGGUUUGCGUCAAAAGGUCAACGAAGUCGUGUGAGGAAAGUGUCAGCUGUCAAAAUCAAAGAAACAUUCGGUCAGUUUGAUCACAACCAAACUGGACAAAUCAAUUCGAGUGAAGCCAAAGGCGCACUCAACAAACUGGGCAUCAACUUUCCCGCCCACAUCGUUGAUAAAAUGAUGGAGCAAGCAGACCAGGAUGGAGACGGCAAGAUUACAUUGCAAGAAUUCGAAAGCUUGAUGAGUGACUCGUAAAACAGCAGAAUGAAAGACAAGUAAUGCUGGCAGAGACUAGGUGCUGUCAUGGAUGGGAUGUCAAUUACGUAACUAAACUCCGGCGUUUGUAGUCUAAAGUUAGUUUAGUUUUUACUUCCUAGUCUAGAGUUGGUAAUAUGCUAUGACAACAGACGGUGGCUGCACUAAAGAGUAACAGAUGGUUGGCUAAAUUAGUUUUAGUUGUCACAA